GGCCGGGCGGCGGCGCGGGGCGGUCCCGCCCCGCGGAGGGUCUCGCACGGCGGCGGUUGGCUCCGCCCCCUGUCAGCGAGCGUGUGGCGGCGGCGCCAGGGCCCGCCGGUGAGGGCCGCGGAGCGCAGCCGGUGCUGCCCCGGAGCGCGCAGCCCGCUCCCGCCUGGCCGAGGGGUUACGGCGGAGCCGAGCCGAGGCGAGCUGAGGUGAGGUGAAGGACCGGGCCCAGCGCCGGGGGCCGAUGCCGAGGAGGAGCUGACAGCGGCGGGGGAAGCGGCGAGACAGAGGCGGAAAUGGAUUUACGGUCGGGAGUGGCCCUGUGGGUCCUGUGCGGCUUCCUCCUGCAGCAGGGGCGGGGGGAACGGCCCCCCGGCUCCCACCUGGACGAGACCGCCAUCGCAGCAGAAUUCUGCCGCAUUGACAAGCCCUUGUGCCACGACGAAGAUGAGCAGCUCAGCUUCGAAGCCGUCCGCAACAUCCACAAGCAGAUGGACGAUGAUGCCAAUGGCAACGUGGACGUAGAGGAGAGCGAUGAGUUCUUGAGGGAGGACUUGAAUUAUCAUGACCCAACAGUCAAGCACAGCACCUUCCAUGGAGAAGACAAGCUCAUUAGCGUGGAAGAUCUCUGGAAGGCCUGGAAGACUUCUGAAGUGUAUAAUUGGACAGUUGACGAGGUGGUUCAGUGGCUCAUUACCUACGUAGAGCUGCCACAGUACGAAGAGACCUUCAGAAAGUUACAGCUGAGUGGACAUGCCAUGCCCAGGCUAGCAGUGAACAACGCUACCAUGAUGGGAAGUGUUCUGAAAAUGACAGAUCGAAGCCACAGGCAGAAGCUGCAGCUGAAAGCUCUGGACACGGUGCUUUUUGGGCCUCCUCUCUUAACUCGUCACAACCACCUGAAGGACUUCAUGCUGGUGGUGUCCAUCGUCAUCGGAGUGGGUGGCUGCUGGUUUGCCUACAUCCAGAAUCGUUAUUCAAAGGAGCACAUGAAGAAGAUGAUGAAAGACCUCGAGGGACUUCACAGAGCUGAACAGUCUCUCCAUGACCUUCAAGAAAGACUGCAGAAAGCUCAGGAGGAGCAUCGCUCUGUGGAGGUGGAGAAGGUGCACCUAGAGAAGAAACUGCAAGAUGAGAUCAGCAUUGCCAAGCAGGAGGCACACCGGCUCCGAGAACUGCGGGAGGGCACAGAGAAUGAACUGAGCAGGCAGAAAUACGCUGAGCAAGAACUGGAGCAGGUGCGGAUGGCACUCAAGAACGCUGAGAAGGAGCUGGAGUCCCACUGCAGCUGGGCUGCGCCCGAGGCCCUGCAGAAGUGGCUCCAGCUGACCCACGAGGUGGAGGUCCAGUACUACAACAUCAAGAAACAGAAUGCGGAGAAGCAGCUGCUGGUGGCCAAGGAAGGGGCUGAAAAAAUCAAAAAGAAGCGAAACACCCUGUUUGGAACAUUUCAUGUUGCUCACAGCUCAUCUCUAGAUGAUGUUGAUCAUAAAAUCUUAACUGCAAAGCAAGCGCUGAGCGAAGUGACGGCUGCGCUGCGGGAGCGCCUGCAUCGCUGGCAGCAGAUAGAGCUGCUUUGUGGCUUCCAGAUCGUCAACAACCCGGGCAUCCACACCCUGGCAUCAGCCCUUAACAUUGACCCCAGCUGGAUGGGCACCCCGCGGCCUAACCCCUCACACUUCAUCAUGACUGAUGAUGUGGACGAUUUGGACGAAGAGAUCGUGUCUCCCAUGUCCAUACAAUACGCAGCCUGGCUUUUCGGGCGCAGGUUCAGUGACCGCUCAUCUCUGUCCUCGGAGGAUCAGUCCCUCUGGAAAUACCCUGCUCCUGCCUUGCCCAGCACAGUUCGCCAGCGCCUGGUGGACCCACAGCACGCCCACGGAUCUCAGAGGUUGGUAGAGAGUUAUGUGCAAGGCCAGAAUGAGUCGGGCCAACCUGCCCAUUACUGGGCAGGCAGAGUCUCUCUCCGUCGAAUGCACAGCCUCUCCUCUGGACAGUCUUUCAGUUCCGACCUUCCCGGCACCAGCCCAUCAUCUGCUGCCACCACCACCUCUUCCACCUCUUGCUCCUCAUCCACCACCACUGCAUCUGCUCCUGCUUGCCAUGUCCACCCUAUCUAUUACCAUCACACCACCUCCUCUUAUUUCCUUCAGAUGGACUCCAUCCCUGAUCUGCCCCCUCCUGAUGUCACCUCUGGAGUUCGCUGUCGCACUGAAAGCUUUGGAGACUUAACUCACUGCGACUCCGACUCCUCCAUCCCGCACCUGAGCGACCACCAGCGUAUCCCCAGCUCUGCGCCCAAGCUCCUGGCUGCCCGGCCCAACCUGCUGACCAGGUCCAUCGAGGAGGCUGCCCCCGGCCACCCUGCCAUCGGCGCGCCCACCCCCAACGGCGGCAGCAGGCACGCGGAGGCCUCCGCCCUGGGGGCUUUGCCGGAGCGGCUGCCCGAGAGCCCCAUGGUGAUGAAGAAGAUGAUGAUGGUGAACCACGGCAUGGAGAAGUCCUCCAGCCUGGGGGAGAUCAGCCACCCGACAGCCGGCAAGCACACCCACUCGGAUUCCUCCCGCUCCCACAGCCCCAGCUCCACCGACCCCGACACCCCCUCCCCCAUCUCUGACUGCCGGCCUGGCAGCGCCAAGAGCACCCGCAUCCCGCAGCUGGCUGCCAAGAAGAGCCCGGGGGACGAGGACAGCAGCUUGACAGGCGAUGAGGUUGACCUCGGCCAGAGCAAGAAAAAGUUCCCCCUAAAGAUCUUCAAGAAGCCCAAGAAGUAGAGAGAGGAGGGGGGGAAGAGGAAACCCACCCAGGAGCGCGACCCACUGGGACCGGGGGGCGGCCGUGCAUCGGGAACGCAGCGCACCCACCCAUCCCGGACCCUGCGGGGUCGGGUGCUGGCCAGCACCCGCCGCCCUCCCCUCCGCACCCUCCGUUUCUGAGUCGCCUCACCUAACACCGGCAAUGGGAGGAGCUAUUUAAACUUAUUUAUUUCCUGAUCUCUGAGAAAAAAAAAAAAAAAAGAUGACGACGACCGCUCCCCCCAAAGAGAACAGCCGCCCUUUCUCCCCUUCCGACUGCUGCAGUCCCUGGCUUUGCUGUGCAUGGCUUCCAGUUACUCCUGCCUCUGCUCAGCCACACGGCAUUUGGGUUUGGUUUCAACGUGGUUUUAUUUUUUUAUUUUAUUUUUUAUUGUUAUUAAUUUUUUUUUUUCCGGUUCUUCUGCCUCUUCCAACUUUUGCACAGGCUGUAUGGAAGGUCGGGGUGGUGGGAGCCCGCUGGGGAGCGGGGCCGGCUGCUCCCCGAGGAGGCAGCACGCUCCCCGCUCGGCUCUCGGGGUGACUCAGGUGCGAGUGUUCGGGCGAGCUGCCUCGUGGACGUCGCAGCGGUUCUCUCCUCAUUUCUGUGAGUCACUUUUCUACACCCCGGCCCCCAUCGCUAUGACGGUUGGGAGGGGGAAUCCCUGUUUGUGCGCUCUUGAUAAGCAAGAGCAAGUUAAACGCCCUCGCGAGGGAGGGCUCUGCCCUUGCCGGUACUCGUCCAUCCAGGAGCUCUGCCCGCAGCGUGCCCUCGACCCGCUUCCCGCUUGCGCCGGAGGCGGCUGCAGCCCGCUGGGUUUCCCCAGUGGGACGGGGCUGCCGG